AUGGACGCCGCCGCCGGCAUCUCGCUGGGCCACCGCGCAGACCUGUUCGACCGCAAGCGCGCACACUCGCGCAGCCGCGUACGGCCACACUUCCUACUCAAGAAGCCGGCGUCCGCGGCCGACGGCGGCUCGCUGGACCUGGGCCUAUCGGUCGUGGAGAACGAAGGGCUGGGCAUCAGCACCACGCUGCACCGCCCGCACAUGCGCUCGCUCAGCGGCGGCUCCGCCACGCUGCUGCCGCCGCCGCCGCCGCCCGGCGCCAGCUACGUGCACCCCAUGCGCCAGACCCCGCGCCCUUACACCCCGCCCGCCGCCGCCACCGCCGCCGUGCGCUCGCACCACACCUCGCUCUCCGGCAGCGCCGCCGGCGACGACGAUAAUGACCACAAUGAUGAUUCCCAGCCCUUCCCCGACCUGCCACUCGACGACCCCACAUCGUCCGCCCGGCUCUUCCACAAGACCUCGUCGCUCACCGCCUCCGACCGCGGCUCGCGCCGCCCGUCUGCCGCCCAGCACUAUGAUGUCCUCCCGCCGCUGCACCCCGUCUCGUCGCAGACCAACAUUGCCGGCGGCCGCGCCUCGUCGUCGCUCAGCCGGCCCGUCGACGGCGGCAGCCUGCGCGAGACCGUCUCGCCCAUCUCGCGCAGCUCGCUGGACUUUCCCUUCCGCAGCAAAAGCAGCCGCACCAGCACCACGACCGCCACCACCGCGCCGCCGAUCACAACGACAACGACAGCGACAGCCGACCCGGCCGUGCACGCCGCCGCCGUGAUCGCCGCCCGCCAGGCCUUCGAGGACCGCGAGGCCGCCAAGUCGCGCAAGCUCGAGCAGCGUAGCCUCAAGGCGCAGGGCAAGAAGCAGCUGCGGCGGCAGCAGCAGCAGCGGCCAGAGCACGGCCGCGGCGAGGGUGGGUUGUCGUCUUCGGGCCGAGUGCCUCACCUGCCCUUUCGACAUCCUCAUCUUCAUCAUCAGCGCAAAACCAGCGAAAAGUCCGGUUCGUACUCCGACGGCACCGGCACAGCGGCAAGUCACAGCUACUACGAAGGUGCAAAGGCGAGCGGCGUUGAGGAGGGCGAAAACGCCCGCAGCAGCGGCGGCGGCGGCGGCGGUGCGCGUGGGUUCAAGCUGCAGAGCCCGAGAAGCGCGUGGCUGCUGUUCCUGACGUGGUUGCGCACACGCAUCUUUAAAAUGGGGAAGAAGAUCAAAAAGAAAACAGGAUAG